AUGUUUGCAGAAAAGGCUACGCUCUAUGAUGAGAAUUGUGAUUUCCAAUACCGAAUGGGAGUGUCCCUCAUGGACAAUGACCUAAAACCAAAAGAUGGAGAUUGCAUGCUUGAUCUUGGAUGCGGAACAGGGCGUCUAGCGACACGCCUCGCCUCUAAAGUUGGAAAGAGAGGCAAAGUUGUGGGAGUUGAUCCUAAUGCAGGCAGGAUACAGCUGGCUCGUAAGAAUGCCCUGCACCAUAACUCCAAGACUCGGUUUGUUGUGGGUCUGGUGGGUGAUGCAGCGAGCCUAGGACCGUACGAUGGCAUCUUCUGCAACUUUGUCCUCCAUUGGGUACCCGAUGGAAGCAUUCAGGAAACCUUGAAGGACGCGUUGGACUGCCUAAAGCCUGGAGGAAAGCUCUGCGCGCACAUUGCUCUCUCGACUGGAGCAUUGCUCGAGGCUAUUGAGCGUCUUGUAACUGGAAAUGAUAGCCCGGCUGUACGUCCAAGUCAUAUUCCUGGUCAAGGUGGGCAAGACUGGAGCAAUAUGUGUGAGUUGGCUGGAUUUGAUGUUUCUGUGGCUGCUGAAGAGAGCACAAACCCUUGCUGGGACAACGUGGAUACCUGUAUCAACGUGGUGAGAGCCUACACCGAUGCAGGUGUUACAGGACAUGCCAUAGGAGAUGAUGAUGUCAUUGUACUGAUGAAGGCACACAAUAUCCAGUCACGGGCUGACAACGUGCUCACGGAAUCCAAGUACCUUCGCCUCAUUGCGCAGAAACCCGCAGAGGUAUGA